GCCCCAAUGAAACAACUUGAGAUUUGAUGUAGAGUGUCAAGUUAGGGACCAUCGCUAGGCCACAAGUUGAUAUCGAAACUUUACCUUUCCUUCAUCUGUACAUUUCCGACGAUUUAAUUGAUUUCCCGCAAUAUCACUACUGUGAUUACGACCGUAACGAAUUUACUUUCCCACGUCGCAUAUCGCACAUCCCAUCUCUCUCCCAUCUAUUUAGAAUAUAUCCUCGAUACGCUCCUUCAACGAAGUUAAUGACCAGACAACGUUAAUUACUCAUCAUGGCCAUCGCGAGGCCCGUCCGUGCUCUGGCGCUCGCUGUUUUUCUAGUCUGCGUUUUUUUCCUAUACACAAUAUGGCGUCCUGAUAAUGGCAUGGCCACCUCCGCCGAUUUCCAUGGUACCAUCGAAAGGGAUCCUAAUCUAGAUCUUACGGGAGAACCUGAAGGUACUCUUGUGCGCGCCACCGAGGCGGGCGGGUAUGCCCCCGGCGUCGCCGGCACUUCAAGAAUCAAUGCGACAAUCCUAGCCCUAGUACGAAACGAAGAGUUGGAUGGCAUGUUGCAGUCGAUGCACGAUCUGGAGCGAACAUGGAACUCCAAGUUUAACUAUCCGUGGACCUUCUUUAACGAUGUCCCGUUCACCGAAGAAUUCAAGCGAAGAACGAGAGCAGCAACUAAAGCCGAGACUCGAUAUGAGGUUAUCCCUAACGAGCAUUGGGAUACCCCGUCCUGGAUUAACGACGACUUGUAUAAGGAAUCUGUGAAGAUCCUCGAGGAGAAUGAGAUCCAAUAUGCGAACAAGAUUUCAUACCACAAGAUGUGCCGAUGGAACAGUGGGCUUUUCUACAAACACCCAGCGCUAGCUGAUAUACAGUACUACUGGCGUGUUGAGCCCAAGGUUCACUUCUUCUGUGAUAUUGACUACGACGUAUUCCGUUAUAUGCACGACCACAACAAGACUUACGGCUUCACCAUCUCCCUUUACGAUGCGCCUCAAUCGAUCCCGACUCUAUGGCCAGAGACGAACAAAUUUAUUGCUCAGCACCCCGAAUAUUUACACGAAAACAGAGCCGAGGGAUGGUUGACGGACAAGGAACGUCGCCCUGUCCACUGGGAUCAAGCGAAUGGUUACUCGACAUGCCACUUCUGGACCAACUUCGAGAUCGCGGAUAUAAACUUCUGGAGAAGCCAAGCAUAUGAAGACUAUUUCAAUCACUUGGACCGUGCUGGUGGUUUCUUCUACGAACGAUGGGGUGAUGCGCCUGUUCACAGUAUUGCGCUAGGUCUAUUUGAAGAUAAAACUAAGAUUCAUUGGUUCCGUGAUAUCGGAUAUCAACAUAUUCCUUUCUUCAACUGCCCCAACUCGCCAAAAUGCAGAGGUUGUGUAACUGGUCGCUUCACUGACGGCGAAGCUUGGCUAAACAAGGAGGACUGCCGGCCCAACUGGUUUAAGUACGCAGGAAUGUACUAAACAUGGCUGGUAAGAAAUAUUCUUGAAUAAGUGAAUACUAUGGCUGCACGAUAUGAUCCGAUGCUGUACUAAUGUCUGGGGAAUCCCAUAAUGGAUACGGAUAGCAUAUCGGCAUGCGGUGUUUUUGGCGUAGGGUAGGGGCACUUGAUACAUAGAAAGGGGGU